UCUUUGAAGAAGAGGCGCGCUAAGGUGGGCGGUAGGUGAACAUGGACUUCCAUAUAUACUGAGUUCGGAUGCAGUUGCAUCGUACUCGCAUUUCAGUCUCAUACCACAUACGCUAACCAAAUAACAGUCAUGGCUUCGCCUCUCAGCCAACCCAAAACGUCCGACGAAGACGAGCAAUGCCUGUUUGCCAUGCAACUUGCAAGCGCCUCUGUCUUACCCAUGGCCUUGAAGGCAGCGUUAGAGCUGGACGUGCUAGAGAUCAUAGCCGAAGCUGGCCCAGGGGCCCACCUCUCACCGUCGGAGAUCGCCGCUCAUCUCCCCACAGAGAAUCCAGAGGCCCCCGUCAUGCUCGAUCGUAUCCUUCGACUCUUGGCCAGCUACUGCAUUCUUGCUUGCUCCGUCGUCACGCUCGACGAUGGCCGGGUCGAAAGACGCUACGGUCUGGCACCUGUUUGCAAUUUCCUCGUUCGGAAUCGAGAAGGUGUCUCGAUCGCACCUUUGGUGCUUAUGAACCAAGAUAAGGUCCUCAUGGAAAGCUGGUACCACUUGAAAGAGGCGGUUCUCGAUGGUGGAAUCCCCUUCAACAAGGCUUAUGGGAUGACUGCAUUUGAGUACCAUGGCACGGACCCGAGAUUCAAUAAGGUUUUCAACCGAGGAAUGUCAGAUCACUCCACCUUAACCAUGAAGAGGAUUCUAGAUGCAUACAAAGGGUUUGAAGGAUUGAAGAGUGUGGUCGAUGUUGGAGGAGGUGUUGGGGCAACCCUCAACAUGAUCAUCUCUAAGUAUCCCCAAAUUAAAGGAAUUAAUUUUGAUUUGCCUCAUGUGGUCGCAGAUGCACCAGAUUAUUCUGGUGUGGAGCAUGUUGGGGGAGAUAUGUUUGUUAGCGUCCCGAGUGGGGAAGCCAUUUUCAUGAAGUGGAUACUUCAUGACUGGAGUGAUCAUCAUUGCUUGAAACUUCUGAAGAAUUGCUACAAGGUGUUGCCUGACUCUGGGAAGGUUAUCAUUGUUGAAUCAAUUCUUCCAGUCGUUCCAGAGACUAAUCUAGCCGCUAAUUGUGUCAUCCAGCAAGACUUGGUCAUGCUGGCCCACAAUCCUGGAGGCAAAGAGAGGGUCGAAAACGAGUUCGAGGCUCUAGCAAACGGAGCUGGGUUCACCGGUUUUAAAGUCUUGUGCUGUGCUUAUAACUCUUGGGUCAUGGAAUUCCACAAAUAGAUGUGUUUUAGCUGAGGCACUCCAUUUUCACUGUAUUUGAGAGGAUUGAGCUACGACCUAUGGGUGGUUUUGAAGGUUUUCAUAUAUAUGCUUGUAAGGGGCGCCUGUUUGUAUUCACAAUUACCUCAAUAAAUCAUGGUAAUUAAGUAA